UGAACUUUUUUCAUUCGAAUAAGUGUGAAAGCCCGCGCGAAACAUUUGAAAGCGUACGUUUUGGCGCGUUUUCUAAAGAGAACGUUGGGAGGACACAUUGAUCGCGCAUCAACGGCGAUUGGCGUGCAUUUUAUCAAAUUACACGAGAAUAUUUUUUGAAGAAAAAAGAAAAGAAGAAAUAGAAAGGAAAGGAAAAACGGUAACAACAAUUUUUCGAUAAAUCUUUUCAUAAAUUUUACGUAAACUCAUUUGUGUCAUAUUCUUUUCGAACUUUUUUGAUUUCUUUUUAUUGCACUUUUUUGUACUUCCCCCUUAUCCAUAUCGGGCGCGUUCGCGCGUAUGUAUACGUGUGUUCGUUGUGAGAUUGUGCAUAUAAUCGAAUCGCGUUAGUGUUUUAAUGUGUAUGUUGUGUGUGCAUGUGUUCGCGUGUGCGUUUGGCCCGGGAAGAAAAAAAAAUUAAAUAAGAAAGGACAGAGAAGAAAAGUAACUGAAGUUUGUCACAUGUGAGAGAGAGAGAGAGAGAGAGAGAGAGUGGGAGAGAGACAAGGGUACACAUAUACGCAUACACAUACGUAAAACAUAGCCAAGAACAGUAGCCGCAACAUGGAAGCGGGCGAUUCCAGGAAACUGUCUCUUCUGCUAUGCCUUCUCCUUAUUUUCACGAACGUCUUACAAGGUAAGUUAUAUCGCAUCUUUAUCUUUCGAGACAACACGAAUGCAGGCGGGAUACAUGAAAAUGCAACCAAAGUUUAUCGAUGGGGUUUUGUCAAAAUGGCAAUGGCGAGGUCGAGGAUCUCGAAUCGGACGUACAGGAUUACAAUACCGAGGAGGAUUACAACGACGUCUUCGAUUCGACGAUGAACGGAACCGACGUGGACGCGAGCACUGGCAGCAAAAGUGGUACUUUGAAGUUCGUCAGGACCCUUUCGAAUAUAUCGAAAGACGAAGGUGGCAUAGCUCAUAUGCGUUGCGAGGCAGUUGGUGAUCCACCACCUAUCAAAAUACGUUGGUAUAAAAAUGAAGCACCCCUUGAAGAGAAACGACCGAAGAUCACGAUUAGGAAGAUUCAUGCUCAGGCACACGAACACGCAGCUAAGAACAUAGCCGGUAGUCGUCUUAAGAUCACUAACCUCGACGUUUCCGACGUUGGAUUUUACUCGUGUCGCGUGACCAAUGGUAAAGAUCAGAUUCAAAGCGAGGGUACCUUAAGGGUCGAUUCAACACAGAAAUGGCAAGCUCCAGUUAGCCCCAUUGUACAUUCAGAUAACCCAACAUUGGACACCGACGAAUUUUCAUCCGGUUUACCCGCUGGAUCUAGUUUUAUCGAUGGGAUGGAUAAUACAAACAGACUGGAUAUCUCAGGGAUUGGUAUGUCAACACCACACAUCUCUCAUUUGGCACCCACAAAUUCUUUAAAUAUAUUAUCGCCCAGUCCACAACCGACUAGUUCCCAGUCUAGCACCGUGGAUUUUAGUACAUUCAGUGGCCUUAAAAACGUCAAUAUGCAAGUACCAUCAGGUAUGGUAAAUUUUGCUGGAUUUCCAGGUAUCAAUGCAAUACCUGGGAAGAAAGACAAUCAUGAAGGAACUUGUGAGAUCUACGUGGGUAAAACCUGUGCACAAUUUGUUGGAAAUCAGACCGUUUACAUUUUGUAUCCAAUGACUCAAAAAUUGCUCGAAGACAAAUUGAUCCAAGCUUUUGGUGUUAUAAACUUUUCAAAUGAUUUAUCCUCCAAUUGUGAAAGCUACGCCAAACCAUCUUUAUGUUAUUCAACAUUUCCUAUUUGUCGAAACCCACCAAAUAAUCCAAAACCAAAGAAUAGUGAAUUCUCAGAAUUCAGUAGUAAACUGUUUAAUCGUCUUCAGUCUAAUCAAGAUGAACAUUUGGAGGAUGGUGAUGGAGAGGAUAUGUUAGAUGAUUAUACAAGAACGCAUGGACUUCCUAGAAAAAGAAGUCCUACGUUAGGUCCUGGUUUUGAGUUCAAUCCAAGCAAAGAGAGAAAAGGAAGCAAUCAGAAAAUAAUCAAUCAAAGUUACGGAGACAGUCGUUCGUCGAAUAAAAAUGAAAUGAAUCGAAAAUUACGACGAAUAUGUCGGGAGGAAUGUGAACUGUUGGAAAAUGAAUUAUGUAGGACAGAAUAUGCGAUUGCAAAGAGACAUCCAUUAAUUGGACAAGUGCCUUUACUCGAAUGCUCUGAUUUACCACUUAAAGGCAGUCCAGAAGCUCAAGAUUGUUUAAGCGUUGGUAUAUCUACAAAAAAUAAUGUACAAGAAAACGAUUACUGUUUUUGGGGCAAUGGAGAGUCUUAUCGUGGUACAGUGAAAACAAGCAUUAGUGGUAGGCCUUGCUUGAAAUGGUCUCAUCUAAUAAUGCUUCACAUUUCUAAUUAUCCCGAAUUAGCUGGGCGACACUCAUAUUGUAGAAAUCCGGCUGGUCAAGAAAUACAGCCUUGGUGUUUUGUUGAUGCUAAUAAUAGGACGCAAAAAGAAUUUUGUCAUAUACCUAAAUGUGUUGAAAAUUUGUGGAUUUAUGCGGUUGUUGGUUUUGUACUAAUGGGAGGGUUUGUUACUAUAAUAAUUUGUUAUUGCUGUUGCUACAGAAGUAGAAAGUCCAGAAGACAAAUGAAUCACUUACCCUCAAAUAAAAUGUUGACUGGAAUACAAUGCGACAAAAACAUAUACGAUGGAAGACGCAGUACUACACAACCUAUGGAAAUGAGUUCUCUUUUAGCUGGACCAGGCAACACGACUCCAGGUACAGGGACAUUAAGUAGUGGUAGUAGUAGAACCUCGAAUAACAGAGUACCUCAAUUUACCACAAAUAAUGUGGUAUUAUUGCAAGAACUUGGAGAGGGUGCUUUUGGAAAAGUAUAUAAAGGUGAACUGCAGACUGGCAAUAAAUGUGAACCACCUAUAUAUGUUGCCGUAAAGACAUUAAAAGAGAAUGCAAGUCCAAAAACACAGAGUGAUUUUAAAAGAGAAGUCGAUCUAAUGACCGACCUUCGACAUCCAAAUAUAAUCUGUUUGUUAGGUGUUAUAUUGAAAGGUGAACCAAUGUGUAUGCUGUUCGAAUAUAUGACACAGGGGGAUUUGCACGAAUUUUUAAUCUGUCAUUCGCCAAGAUCGGACGUUCCAUUGAACAAUGUAACUGGAAAGAUAUUGGAGCAACCAGAAUUUCUUCAUAUCGCAUUGCAAAUAGCAUCCGGCAUGGAAUAUUUGGCGAGCCAUCACUAUGUCCAUCGUGAUUUAGCUGCUAGAAAUUGUCUAGUAGGAGACAAUCUCACCGUGAAAAUUUCCGAUUUCGGAUUGUCACGUGAUAUUUAUAGCAGUGACUAUUACAGAGUUCAAUCUAAAAGCUUAUUGCCAGUACGAUGGAUGCCACCGGAAUCGAUUUUGUAUGGUAAAUUUACAACGGAAUCGGACGUUUGGAGUUUCGGCGUUGUACUAUGGGAAAUUUAUAGUUACGGUUUGCAGCCAUAUUACGGAUAUAACAAUCAAGAGGUAAUCGACAUGAUACGUUCUCGUCAAUUAUUACCAUGCCCAGAGGAUUGUCCAACGAUGAUAUAUAGUUUGAUGAUAGAAUGUUGGCACGAGGUAGCCAAUCGAAGGCCACAAUUUCCAGAGAUUCAUCAUCGUCUACACAAUUGGUAUAUGAAUCAAACUUAUUUGAGCGACUUUUGCAAUGAAUCGAUUACGAGUUAUUCGGGGAGCAGUCACAAGAGUACCAAUAAGACAAAUUCAACGCAACUCUCGGCUCCUAUAUACAAAGCCGCUGAUCAAAAGGAACAAUUGUUUAAGACCAAUAUGGAUUCAUUGGUAUGCAAUUUAAAUGAUCACAAUAAUGCAUUGAAGUUGCACCAACAACAAAACUUUUCAAAUCCGGAAUCCGUCGUCGAGCAAAGAACUGCUUCUAUUUUUAACGAUCACAGUAAUACACCUAACAAGACUGUUAAUUAUCAAUCGCAAACUAAUAAUGUUAAUUUAAACGAUUACGAUGAUAACAAACAGUGUUGCUCGCCGAAAUUGAGCGGUGCGAAAAAAGUUUUACCAUCAGUUCCUCAACCGAUAAUAGGUAAAACGACAAACGCGUCGAAUGGCACGAGACCAAUGCAAAAUGGUGCGCAAUUAGUCGUCAGGUUACCAGAUCCGAGUAAACUAACUACCGAAACCAGGGUAUCUAAGUGAAAGAGGAAAGAAGAGAAAACAUAAACAAACAAAAUCGAUUAUCCUAAAGGACAUUACGAAAGGAAACAUUUAUUAUUCUAACGCAUUUAAGCGUUUUCACGAUUGUUGUGAAAUCGCGUUUCGAAAUAAGUCCACGUUUUAUCGUAAUAUAUAUGUAUAUAUAUAUAUAUAUACAUAUAUAUAUAUAUAUAUAUAUAUACAUACAUA